CCGAGUGCUGUUGAAUUCAGUGAGAGCAGAAAAGUGCUCCACUCUACCUAGGUCUCUGUUAGGUCUGUGGUUUGUGGUCCUUACUGGUUUCUCUGCUGACUGUUUGCACAGAGGUGUGUGUGUGUGCUUAAGGAAUAAGACACAGCUCCGUCUGAGAAGCUUCCUUCUGCCGACUGAAGAGUUCCUGUUAUCUUUCUUCUUAAUAUCUUCUAUCAAGCAGCAAUGAUGGAGCGGAUGGAGGACCAUAAGCCGAAGAAGAAGUUGACCUUUUACCUUCUCUACAGCGUUUCAACAGCAGUCAUUGGCUCGCUACAAUUUGGCUACAACACCGGGGUCAUCAAUGCACCCGAGCAGAAACUGCGCAGGUUUUUCCAGAAUGUGUCGAUGGAGCGGUACGGGGAGCCUUUCAGCCCAGGAGCCAACACCAUGGUGUGGAGCUUUGCUGUUGCCAUCUUCAGUGUUGGAGGCAUGGUGGGGUCUUUCUCCGUCGGAGCGUUGGUCAACAAAUUUGGCAGGAUUAAGUCCAUGCUGCUAUCCAAUAUCCUGGCUGUACUUGGUGGUGGUCUCAUGGGACUGUCGGCUUUGAGUCGAUCUUUUGAGAUGGUCAUUAUCGGUCGCUUGAUCAUCGGAGUGUUCUGCGGUAUGUGCACGGGACUGACACCCAUGUACGUGGGCGAGGUCGCUCCCACUGCUCUCCGAGGAGCCUUCGGCACGCUGCACCAGCUGGCUUUAGUUAUUGGCAUCCUGGUGGCACAGAUCUUUGGCCUCGAGUUUAUUCUUGGCUCUGACACUCUGUGGCCUCUGCUGCUGGCUCUCACCAUCCUGCCGGCCAUCCUGCAGUGCAUCAUGCUGCCUUUCUGCCCUGAAAGCCCCCGCUACCUGCUCAUUUCCCUCAACAAGGAAGAGGAGGCAAGAAAAGCGCUGGUGCGUCUGCGCGGCUGUGAGGACGUGAGCGAUGAUAUUCAGGAGAUGAAGGAAGAAGGGAUGAAGAUGGCCAUGGAGAAGAAAGUGUCCAUCCUCGAACUCUUCCGAUCCCGAAAAUACCGUCAACCAAUCAUCAUCGCUAUAGUCCUCCAGCUCUCUCAGCAGCUGUCUGGCAUCAACGCUGUGUUCUACUACUCUACAGGUAUAUUUGACACAGCUGGUGUGACUCAACCCAUCUAUGCCACCAUAGGAGCUGGAGUUGUCAACACUGUGUUUACCGUUGUCUCUCUCUUCCUGGUUGAACGGGCGGGGCGAAGGACGUUGCACCUGAUUGGUCUGGGUGGAAUGGCUAUCUUUGCCCUCAUUAUGACGAUCUCCCUGUCUUUGGUGAAGACAAACGAGUCUCUAAGCUACCUGGCCAUCGUGGCUGUGUUUGGCUUUGUUGCCAGUUUUGAGAUGGGUCCAGGUCCAAUCCCCUGGUUCAUCGUGGCAGAGCUCUUCUCCCAGGGGCCCCGACCUGCUGCCAUAGCCGUCUCUGGUUUCUCCAACUGGACCGCCAACUUCCUGGUGGGGCUGGGCUUCCCUAAACUGGAGGAACUGUGUGGCCCUUAUGUCUUCAUCAUCUUCAUGGUCUUCCUCAUCGUGUUCUUCAUCUUCACCUUCCUAAAAGUGCCUGAGACCAGAGGAAGAACCUUUGACGAGAUUGCUCAGGGAUUCGCUUCCAGUGCAGGGAAACCCUCCACAGAGCCUGAGGCAGUGGUCGCUGGCCUGACAGAAGGCAAAGAACCUGCUCCCAUGUCCCCCACAGACAAGGUUCCCAUGGUGGUUCUUCAUUAGAGGGAAGAAGGAAGACUCAGGGUACAAUACAGACAACAGAUUUCAAAUACAUUGAUAUUGUAAGGAGCUAUAUUUCAUACAUAUGGUGAGAGAGCAGCUGUGUGUGUUUAGAAAAAGCCCACUAAAUACAGCGUUAAAGAUUCCCCAUUUACAAAUGCUAAAUUAAUUGUCAGAGUUCCCUCUAAUCCUGCUUUAAACAUGGGGCCAAACUUAACUGAAUUACUACUUAAUAUUUGUUGACAUGCCCGCUGCCAGCUCAAUGCAUACUGCCAUAUAAGAGGAUCAACAUAUGUUGUGUGUUAAGUCUCAGGUCUUCAGCUACCCCCAGUGUUAAAAGGUUGUGGGAUUUGGGGGGGG